AUGGCCCUCCCAUCCCCAGGGACCAUCUCAGCCCAACAACUCGCCGACCUAUUACCUAGCGGAAUCGCCAUCCUGAACACCCGCGACGAGUCGAUCUUCGUAAAUCGCCGCUUCCAAGAACUCGCCGUCUCGCAUGGCACCACGACAUUCGACCGCUGGAGCCCGUCCAUCCACGAAGACGACUACGAUCGCGUCGCGCGCGGUUACGCAGACGCUUUACGUUCGCGAUGCUCUCUGCGCGAGGAAUACCGGAUCCGCAACCACUGCUGCAUGUGGCGGUCCGUAGUCCUGACGCCGCUCGCGCGCUCCGAAUUGCACCACUUCAAUCUCGCGCCCGACAGGCACGGCAACGGAGGAGGGUUCAUCUGCACGAUAGCGGACAUCACGCAGGAGAAAACGGCCGAGCUCUCGCAGCGGAAGAUCGCGCAGGAGGCGCAAGACCGGAAAGAGCAACAGGAGCGAUUCAUCGACAUGAUCAGCCACGAGGUGCGGAAUCCGCUGUCCGCCAUUUUGCACUGCACCGAGGAUAUCCUCGAGGCGGUCCAUAACCGCGAUAAGGCGGAUAUCGCGGUGUCGGAUAUUGCGACGGCGGCGGAUACGAUCUCGUUGUGUGUGGCGCAUCAGAAGAAGAUUAUUGAUGAUGUGUUGACGUUUUCGAAGCUGGAUGCUUCGAUGCUAUCGUUGUCGCCGAGACGGGUCAUGCCGCGACGCGAUAUCGCGACCUCGUUGACGAUGUUUCGGCCGGAGUUACGGAAGCAUGGGAUUCAGUUUGAGUAUGUGUUGGAUCAGUCGUAUGCCGACUGCGGGGUGGAUUGGGUCCUGGCGGACAUGGAUCGCAUGGGCCAGGUGUUGAUCAAUCUGCUGUCGAACGCGAUCAAGUUCACGGCCAAGUCGGGGGAUCAGAAGGCCAUUCGCGUGUCGAUGGGUGCGUCGGCGGCGCGUCCAGCGUCGUAUCCGCCCGACGUAGUGUUUUUCAAGUCUGACGAGACGGCGCUGCGCAUGGACGCCACGUCCCGAUCAGAAUGGGGCAAGGGCGAGGCGGCGUAUAUCAUGGUGGCCGUGAAGGACAGCGGCAUUGGGAUUAGCGACGAGGCGCAGAAGCGGCUAUUCGAGCGAUUCAACCAGGCCACGCCGCGCACCGAGAGCAUCUACGGCGGAUCCGGACUGGGGCUGAACGUGUCGCGCAAGUUGUGCCAUCUGCACGGCGGUGAAAUCGGCGUUAGUUCCAAGGAAGGCGAGGGUAGCACGUUCGGAUUUUUCUUCUCGGUACGACGCUGUCCAGCUGGUUCAGACAACGAUCCGCCUAGCCAGAAGAAAGACGCCAUUGACGAGCUGUGCAGCGAUAUCCAGAAACUCGGGAACGAACUGACCGGCGUUAACCGACAGACGACCGAGCCGAGUAUCCCCGAGGCGCCGAUGAUGGCCAACUUGAUGGGCGACCCUCCGGAAUCUAGCACCGACAGGAAAGAUCAUACGUCCAAGCUCACUCGGCAGACCAAGUCCGGUGGGACGGUGGUGACUCUGCCCAAGUCGGCGAGUCCGUCAGCGAGUCCGUCGUCGGGGUCGAAUUCCCAGUCAACCGGGUCGUCGUCGUCGUCGUCGUCUGCGCGACACAUCCUCCUAGUCGAAGACAACAUCAUCAACCGGCAGGUGCUUUCGCGCAAACUGAAGUCUCUUGGCUUCCAAGUCUCUGAAGCUAGCAAUGGUCAGGAAGCGCUGGAUGUCGUGCAGACGAGCUCGUUCGACUGCGUGUUAAUGGACCAGGUGAUGCCCAUCAUGGACGGCAACGAAGCGACGCGCAAGAUCCGGGACAUGGAACGACAGACAAAAUCCCACGUCCCUGUGCUGGGAGUGACGGCCAACGUGAGGGAGGCGCAACAGGCAGAUAUGAUGGCGGCUGGCAUGGACGAUAUCAUCCACAAGCCGUACAAGACGAAUGAUCUUUCGGAGAAGAUAGACCGCUUGAUACGAGGGAGGGACACGGAUACGGAUAGACGGUGA